UAUCGGAGAUCUGAGAUGCAAGCCGAUAUCACCCGUGUGGUUUGGCCGGAUGUCGAUGCCGAUGACGAAGCUGAGGAUGAGGAGGAUGAAGAAGCGAGUGUGACCUCAGCACUUCCAGCGGAGCCGCGGGAGAGACAGCUGCUGCAGCACCCGGAGGGAGGGACCCAGCGAGCGGGGAGGCAGAGUGGCGACGAGCCGCGGGAGGAACGCGCGUCCCCCGCCUGCCGCCCGUGGACAGGACUAGAAUGUUCUAUGCUGGCCGUGCAUUUCCCCGCCACAAGAACCCGCCGCCGCGGCGUCGUCUCCCCGCAGCCUGAAGCCCAGAUGCUCGCCCUGUCCGCCGCCGACAUGGACGAGUCUUCGUCCCUGCUGGACCUGCUGGAGUGCUCGGUGUGCCUGGAGCGCCUGGACACGACGGCCAAGGUGCUGCCGUGUCAGCACACCUUCUGCCGCCGCUGCCUGGAGAACAUCGUCAGCUCCCGGAACGAACUGCGCUGCCCGGAGUGUCGCAUCCUGGUGGACUGCGGGGUGGACGAUCUCCCGGCCAACAUCCUCCUCGUCCGCCUGCUGGACGGCAUCAAGCAGCGGCCCCGGCGAGGCAGCGUCGGAGCUGGGGGCGGCAGGCAGACUUUGCAGGGCUGCGCAGCCGGGAUAUGCGUCUCUCCUGCGGGCAGCGCCACCAGGGAGCUGCCGGUGGCUACACGGAGCUCCCCUGUGAAGAACAUCCCGGCUCUGCCGUGCGGGAAGGCGCUGUACUCGUACGAGGGCAAGGAGCCGGGGGACCUGCAGUUCUCCAAAGGCGACAUCAUCAUCCUGCGACGCAAAGUGGACGACAAUUGGUACCACGGCGAGCUGAACGGCUGCCACGGCUUCUUGCCCGCCAGUUACAUCCAGCUGCUGCGGCCCCUCAGCCAGACGCCACCUCAGGGCAAAGCACUGUAUGACUUUGAGAUAAAAAACAAAGACCAGGAUAAAGACUGUCUGGCGUUCAGCAAGGAUGAAGUUCUGACAGUAAUCAGACGAGUGGAUGAAAACUGGGCAGAAGGCAUGCUGGGAGACAAGAUUGGUAUCUUCCCCAUUCUCUACGUGGAGCUAAAUGAAACGGCCAAGCAGCUGAUGGAGAUGGACAAGCCCACCACGACCAACGUGCCGGGCCCCAGCUCUGAGCCGGCCCCGUUGGGUCCCUGUUCUCUCGGGCCCUCCCCCAGCACCUCGCCGUCCAACGGGAACGGCCCUGCACAUCGGCGAGGCGAAGGGAAGAAAAACGCCAAGAAGAGGCACUCCUUCUCUGCCCUGUCCGUCAGCCAGAGAGCGGCCCAGAUCAACAACAGACACAGCAUGGAGAUCUCACAUCCAGUCCUCAUCAGCUCCUCCGACCCCAGGGCUGCCGCUCGCAUCCAGGACGCAUCGUCCCCGGGUCCCUCGCCCUCCUCAGCAGGGGGGCCCCUGCCUCCAAAGGUGGCCUCCCUUACCUCGGAGCUGUUGGCCCAUGCCAAGGUGCAGCUGCCUCUCAACAUCUACCUAGCGCUGUACGCCUACAAACCGCAGAAGGCGGACGAGCUGGAACUACGGAAAGGCGAGAUGUACCGUGUGACGGAGAAGUGUCAGGAUGGAUGGUUCAAAGGCACUUCGCUGAGAACGGCCGGCUCCGGCGUCUUCCCGGGGAACUACGUCACCCCCGUGUCCAGGGCGACAUUUGGAGUCUCCGCUCCUCGUGGGUCGUGUCUGUCGGGCCCAGGAAGUGGCGGGUGUAGUCAGGUGGGGGGUAAAACCUCCGACCCCUCCUCCCCGGCGUCCCCGGGCCCCUCAUCAUCGCGACCCUCCACCCCGCUGGCCAACCAGGUCAGCCCCGCCUCCUCGCCUCAGACGGCGGCGGCGCAGCUGAAGAACUGCUUGCGCUCGGCUCAGCAUCCGCUCUCCCAGACACGCACCUCCAUGCACCUCAUCCACAGCCCCCCUGCUGGGAGCCCAGAGCGACCCCAAGUUUCCAUAUCCUCCCUGCGCUCUCAGAGCUCCUCCCCCUCACGCUGCUCGGGCCAAUCAGGUCGGCCCCUCUCCAUGACGUCCCCAGGUCCCAGUUUGGGCCCCUCGCCGCUGUCGUCCCCCGCCUCUCGGCCCCACCCACCACUAUCGUCUCCUCUGUCCUGCCUCACGCCACCCAACGUGUCCGCGGCGCUCCUCAACGGGGAGGCGGGCAGCCCCCUUCACCCGCCCUCGCCGGGACCCUCCCACACGCCCUCACCGCCCGCCCUCGCCCCCAAGACUGAAAAGAAGGAGAGGAAGGCGGGGGGUCUCCUGAAGCUCUUGUCGGGGGCGGCGGCCAAGAAGAAGGCUCGCUCGCCCCCUCCCUCGCCGCCCUCCACCGACCCUGCCUCGGCGGCCGGCGACCUCAGCCAGCACCCUCGCCACCGCCACCACCACCACGCCCGCUCGGGGUCCUGCCCCAUGGCCUCGCAGGGGCGGGCCGGCUCCUGCCCGGUGGAGAUCGACAUGGCGGGGGCUGCCGGCUUGGAGCCGCUGCACAGGAAGUCGGGCUCCCUGGAUACCAACUUUCCCUUGUCGCCCCCGGCGACGCGGGCCGGCAGCGUUCUGAUGGUGCUCCGGCCUGAGCCCAAGCCGCUUUCCAGGGAGAGGUACCGCGUGGUGGUGCCGUACCCGCCCCAGAGCGAGGCGGAGAUCGAGCUCCGCGAGGGCGACGUGGUGUUCGUCCACAAGAGGCGGGAGGACGGCUGGUACAAGGGCACCCUGCAGAGGACGGGGAAGACGGGCUUGUUCCCCGGCAGCUUCGUAGAGAGCUUCUAGAACACGUUCGCCCCUUUGCCCCAACCUGCCUUAAGGAGCUCCAGGAACUGGGCAGGGGAGUCUGGCAGGAAGGAGAGAAUGGUCUUCACCAGACCGUAGCACACACAAGCUUCCCAGGUGUGGUCCACCAGCACAACAAAGCAUCAAACUUCAAACCUCAGAACAGUUUUUUUCCUCCGGGGAAUCGACCCGAACCAGGAUCAUGGUGUUCCAACAAGCACACUUUUGUCUCCAAAUGUUUUGUGUUGUCCUCGUCGCCAUCGCUCACUGGAUUUUUCUUCUCGGACAACAAACGUCGUAUUUAUUAGAAUUCAUAAAGUCGCCUUUUAUUGGAACGACUUCUCACAUUGUCGGCUUCAAACCACGUCUUGCUGAAUGUAAGGAGGGAAAAAAUUAUUUGUGUGAAAAAUGCACUAAUGCACCGUUUGAUCUGCACUCCGUCAUUUAUGAAAUUAUUAUUAUUAUUAUUAUUAUUGUUAUUGUUGUUGUUGUCCAGCCCUACUUAAGAACGUGGUUUUUAAACGAAAGAAAAAAAGUGAUUGUUGUACAAAAGCAUUUGGAAGAAAAAACAAGCUUUUCAUGAUCGUACAAACUGCCAAACUUUGUGGAUAUUUUUCUAUCUGGCGUCAGUUAGUGAAGAGUCUGCUUUAUGAAUAUUAUCUGUCCUGACCGGGCACGUUUACAUCGUCACAUGAUCUACCUGGUCCCCGCUUUGUCGAAACAAGCACAGUGUGUUUGUGUGUGUGUGUGUUUAGGCAAUGCUGACUUAAUGGGGACAUGGCUCUGUUUACACAGUCACCUUUAGGGGACUUCCGACGGUAUGGGGACCUCUGAAGGGAAACCGUUUUAAAUGAUAGUCAGAUCCAUUCUGAAGUGAUUUUUAAGCUUUGGCCCAUAAAACAUGUUUACUGGUUGGUUGGAGUGUGAGACAUUGGCACAGCAGCCCCCUCAUCGGGCUGAAGCUGGUCCAUUUAAGUGGUGAAACGUCCUUUAGGACAGGGUUUGGGAACCUUUUUGGCUGAGAGAGCCAUGAAAGCCAAAUAUUUUCAAAUGUAUUUCCGUGAGAGCCGUAUAAUAUUUUUAGCACUGAAUACAACUGUCAGGUUCAAACACUGAUGACAUCUAUUAAACAGACAAGAAGCAAGGAAUAAAACAGAGACUGGAUUCAAUUUAGCUCAAUGAGGAGAAACGCGUACACCUGUACUCUUGUACAGUGGCUUCCCACGCUCUGACAAGAGAAUUACAACAACUAAAUGCGUGCAUCUCUUAUUCUUUUUAAUAACAUUGUUAUUCUGAAGGUUACCAAUAAUAAAUAAAAUACUUUUGACCAUUAA